AUGCUUCUGGAAAACCUCUUGUGUCCGCCCACUCACAGUUUCGUUGGCCGUGACGAUCAGCUACCGCAGUGGGCCGCUAGCCACGCUGAGGCAUCCCCUCAAGUUGGACAGCCGCAAAGUGGCACCGGUUCGGCGUCCGCUUCCACGAGCCCCCCAGAGGCGCCACUAGACGCCCUCGCUUCAGCCGUGCGCACCAUCCGUCUCCGACUCCAGACAACCACCCAGACGGCCAACACCGCUGCUGCCGCGAACCCGUUGCCCUCGGACUUUGACAUCUCCCUCUUCGUGUCUCGCCGUGAGUACGAAAACGGGCGUGUCUUGUUGAUGCGCAACGCCCGCGCGAUACCCAGUUUGUGCCGACUUGUUGCCGCCUCCAACCUCCUUCCUGCCAUCGCCACAGUAACCGUGAAUGCCACUACACAGACACAAGUAGCCACGACCGACAGGGCCAACCGACACCGGUGA